GCUAAUGUAAAAUAACUUUGAAACUGUCUUGAAUUUAGUUUAAGGUGAUAGUUGAAGAUAUACAUAUUUGGUGCUUGAACUAAAGUAGGCAAUUAUAAACAUUGGAAUAGUGGUCUUGGGUGGGUUAAUUAUUAAAGUAGGCAGUUUAAAGCAAUUUUUGAGGGGGGGUACCAGGAUAACACGGGUAUUUACUUAUCACGGGGAGUUCUGGGCCCCAUCCCCUGCAAUUAUCGAGGCCCUACAGUAUUAUGAAAGUUGCAUAAUUCUGGUAAUUAUAAGAGUAACACCGACUUCUUGUAGACAUCGCCAGCAAACUCAGAGGAAUGUCUUUCGAAGCUGUAUAGGUGUGCAGAGUAAAUCAAAAUGGGUCCAAGGGAGAAAAGGAAAGAUGCCACACCUAAGAAACAGUUGAGUUUGGAUGGAUUCCUGAAACCCAUGGCGAGAUCUCAGCAGAAGAGACAGCGAGAGGAGGAUCAUGAAAAGCUGUCCCCUGCAAAGAAGUCAAAGGAAACACAGUCUUCCAAAAAGUCGCCUGUGAAUAAUAAUGUGUCUGAUUCUGCUGCUAUCAAUAAUAACAAUAACAACAACAAUAACAAUAAAGAGAAAAGUCCCACCAAAAGGAAAGGAAGGAGUAAUACAGACGCACCCCCACAACCAAUGAAGAGAGAGAGAAUUCUGACUCCAAAAAAGGAACCUGGUGUUGUAACAAAGAAGGAACUUGAUAGUGUUGUUGUUCAGGAAGAGAGCAUUGUUGAUGACCUUGAAGAGAACAUUGCUGACCUUAGUGACUCUCCUAACCGCAGUUUAUCAGAUCAGGGUACUAAGCCAAGUGGUGGAAAGAAAGGAGGAGCAGUAUCCAAAGGCGAAGGCGUGUUUAUCGGCCCAAACAUUAUUGGUAAUUCUGAAGAAUUGGGGACUGAGGAACUGGAAUCAAACUAUGUGGAUGUAGAUGAAGUGGAAUCAGAUGGUGGGGCAGAUGAGGAUUCAGACUUGAUGUUACAUGAUGAAACUUCAGAGAAGUCACCUUCAAGUGGUACUAAUCUCCCACCUAGCAAUUUACCAAGAGUGGAAUCAAAGAUAUUGGCACCUUCCCCAAGUCCUACACAAAAGGCACCUAAAAAGCCAUUCAAGUGCAAGGUGUGUGAUAAAUUGUUUCCAAAUAGAUACUUCCAAAGAAAGCACAUGCUCAUGGAACACGAGGACCAAGUUUAUGAGUGCCGUGUAUGCUCCUACAAUUGCUGUGAUCCGGAGAAACUUAAAAACCACAUUAUAAAAAUGCAUGUUGCCAAGAAAGAAAAAACUGAAUCAGUCACAUUUGAUGAAGCAUUAAUUGAUCUGGAUGAGCUUAUUACAAAGCAAACCCCAAGGAAGGUCAUAAUGGAAGAUGGAGUAGCUCUUGGACGUGACCCCAGCAGCAAGCUGCGCUUUAUAUGUGCCAUAUGUGACAGGAUUUACACCAGUAAAUAUUCGCUUGAACGCCAUGUCCGCUGUCACACAGGUGAGAAACCUUAUGUGUGUGAUGUCUGUAAUUUUACAACAAGUUAUCGUGAGCAUAUGCAGCGACACAUGACAAGUGUUCAUCUUAUUGUACAUUCAUCUGAACCAAAGAAAAAGUAUGUUCCCAAGAAAGGAAAGAAGACUGAAGACAAAAGUGUGUCUGCAGAAGAUCCUCCUACUCCUACUACAGCUGAAUCUACUACAGCUGAAUCUGCUACAGCUGAAUCUACUACAGCUGAAUCUACUACAGCUGAAUCUCAUAAUGGAAGCUUUGAGAGUAAUAAUUCCUCAGAUACUACAUCAUCUGGAAGUAAGAAAAGACGAAACAUCCUUCGGAAACGAUUUGAAUGUGCUGCUUGCGGCCUUCGAGCAACUCACAAAUCAGAUUUAAUAGAGCAUAUAAAGGAAAAGCAUCCAAAUGCACACAUAGCAUCUCUGGAGAAUGGAGAUGGUUCAAAAGUCCAUCUAAUUGUAACAACUUCAAAGAAAAGUACCUCAUCUCGGCGGAUGAUAAUCACGUGCCCUAAUUGUUUCAUGAUUUUCCAUGAUACGUGGAAGUACAAGGUACAUAUGCGAUCACAUACUGGCGUGAAGCCGUUUGGAUGUAGCUUGUGUGAUUUCAGAGCGACAAGCAAAAUGACAGUUCGUGACCAUGUUCACCGCAAGCACAAAGAAGCUCAGAACCCCAAGAUUCUUCUACGCACUGUUGGUAUAGAUGGGUCAGUUCAGCACGUCGAACUAAGUUUCCCACAACGUGAAUUCAAAUGCGAUGUGUGCAGCGAGAGUUUUGAUGAUAAUUACCACAUGAAGCAACAUAAGAAGAAAGCUCACAAAGAGUCUUUGCCAUUUUCUUGCGUGGAAUGCGGUCAUAGAGAAUGGGCACGUGCUAACAUUAUUAUCCACUGCUUGCAGACACACCCAGAGUGUGAUUUAGAGGGAAUGGUGCUGCGUAACAAUAAACCAUUUACUGUCGGCCCCCAUAAGCUUCCUAAGUGUGAUGUAUGUGACAAAGUGUUCUCAUAUCAGUCACAGCUAUACUUGCAUCAGAGGCAACACACUGGAGAGCGCAGCUUUGUUUGUGAUAUUUGCAACUAUCGCACGAAUCAUAAACCAGCACUUCAGAAACACAUUGAAAAGCAUUUAGCAGGACCUGAACCCAAAGAGAAGGAUGCGAAUGAUAAAUCCACUCAAGAAAUCUACUUGGUUGAAGUUAAAAGUGAAGGUUCAUCAGGUAAGGAAGGAAACAAGAAGAAAAAUUCUAGAGCCAAAAAAGAAACUGAAAAGGCUAAGAAACCAAGUGCCAAAGUCAAGAAAGAGAGUGAUAAAGCUAAAAGAGGCGGUGAUAAAGCCAAGAAAGAUGCUGAUAAAAUCAAGAAGGAAAAGAAUAAAUCUGAAUCUCAAAGAAAAGGGAAGAAGGUAGCAGAAGUAAUCGACGGGGAAAAGUCAACUGUUGUCGAAGAAGAAGCUGAGAAGUAAUAAUGUGCCUUAUUAACAAGAGCCUAGUAUAAUACUGUGCCUUACAAGAGGGACCAUGAGUCAAUGUUUAUGCUAGUGACAACUUAUAAGUCUUCCUGUCAAGUUUUCCUGCUAUGUAGGCUUCAAAGCUUUGUAGAAAUUUGGUGCUUUGGAUUUACUUGUUGCAGUAUUUUAUCUAAGAUAACUUUGAUAAGGUAAGUUUUGUUUACAGAAUAUCAUAAUUACCGUAAAUUUUUUUAUUUUUAAUGUUAAGAUAAACCAUGAUUACAUAAAGAGAUUUAAAAUUACCUUUUACCUUAAGUAGGUAUGCAGGUAUGCAGUUGUUAGUUAGAAAUCUCAAAGAAGUUGAGAGACAGUAGUUGAUACAUUAAGGGUUUACGUAUUAUGUAUGUGAGUCUCUUCAUAGCAGUUUAUGCAUGUACUAUACACAUCCAGACACAUGCAGUAUGUUGAGCACGUAAAAGGAACGUGUGAAUAUGUGUGGAUGAUGUCCUGUUAAACCUGAAGAGAAUUGUUAUUACCUAAUUUGUAUUGUAUUAUUUAAAUAGAAGCUUUCAUAACGUAGAUAUCCACUAUGAGACUGAGUUUCUUUUCACUUUAUGUUUAUGUUAGAUAUUUUUGUUAUCAUCUUGAAGUACAUAGAUUUUUUUAAAAAUAUAGUCUGCAGUAUUUUACACUGUGUUCAUGAAAUUUGGAGAAAAGUAAGGUUUAAAUGCCACUUAGAAUUAAAGAUUUGAAAUGUUUAAUAGCUUCAUAUAUUGUAGAAAUAUGUAGUAUAAUUGAAGAGGACAUAUGGGUUUGAUUUAAUGUUUUUUUUAUAUUAACAUUUAACAGCAAGUACUAACUCAUUUCAGAAUUAUAUUUUGCUGUGCAGCACAUUACCAGCUGUGUGGUCUAAUUUAUUAAGAGUGCCUUUAAAAAUUGGUACAACUAAAUGUGAAAUAUAGGUAAGCAGAGGACGGUUAUUUUUAUAUACAGUACAGUAUGGCUUUUAAUUAGGUUUCAAUGGAUUGUUAAUGAUUUUAAAUAAAAAUGCAUGUACCUUUUUAUAUUAGUAUAAAGGUACGUAUUUGUCCGCAGAAAGUGAAAAGUUUUUAUACCUGCAUAAUAUCAUUCUGCAAAUGUUCAUAUUUUUUCACAUUAUUGUAGUCUUGUAGAAAACUGCACUACAAUAUGUGAGUAUUUUUGUUAUUACUUAAUGAGUAAGUUUAAUGUAAUUGGUGUAUGUUGAAUGAUGUUAUAUAUGAAAAUCAUGUAAGGUUUCUUAGAUGGGUUAUGGUCGUUUUUGGACAAUGUUGUCUAAGCAAUUGCAUUGUAUGUCCCAAAUGAGAUGUUAAGGAAAUGCUUAACAGUCUUCUGUCUAUUCAUCUGUUUUGAUAACUUUGCCUCUACUUUUGAUAAGCCUUUUUAAGAGCCGUGUGUGUUGAACUACAUUUAAUACUUGCACUUUUGUGAUUUGCCCAUUUUAUCUCUUGAUGAGCAUUUAAAUGUAUUAUGGAAUAUGUUAUGGGCAAAUGAGUGAGGGGAAAUGUCCAAGUUUUUGGUUGACACUUUCACAAAGUUUUGUUAGUAAGCAUCACUGCGCCCUGAAGUUUGUCUUUGGAAACAGAUAUUUGUUGAUCGGUUUUAUGUAAUAAUUUUGUAAUGUCACUAGUACAAUUAUGUUUUCAUAAUUAUUAAAUUGUAUGAAGUUCUUAAAGACUUUUUUAAAAGUAUUUAAAAGUGCAAAAUUUUUCAUGUUCAAGGUGUUUAGUUAACAUGCCUCAUGACAAUGAUUUUAUACUUUACUUCCUUGUUACGAUAUGAUAAUAUGGAACGGUUUUUAUCCUUGUCUUUGCCUAAUUCAUAAUUCCAAACAUUUUCACUUAUUGGCCCAUUGCAGUACACUAUUUUUUACUUAAGUAGUUUUUUUAUUGCCUAAUGGUAAAAUUAGCUUCUUAUUGUGUAUUAGUGCCUUAAGUGAAUCAUGACAGAACAAGAUUACCUAAGAAUGGGAGUAUAGUUUUUAAGUGGUUACGUGUGUAUGUGGCACAUCACAGACUCAAAAUAAAUCAUUCAUGUACCACUGAACACUAGUUUGACAAUAGAAGUAGUGAUCAUUUACAGUUAAUAUUCUCGACAAUGUCGUUGUACAGUAUUGUCCUGUCGAUCUGCAGAAGCCAGAAAGUAUUGUUGUGUUUUUUACGAUAUUUACUUAGUGAAUUAGCAGGGAACUUAGUCUUUCCAAGACGUUGGAGAUGAAAUCAACCCUAGUCUUCCAUUCAUAUGUAAUUGCUGUUACAUGGUAUAUAUUUUUAAUAAUUGCUUGUGAUUGUGUAAUGUGAGUCGUAACAACCCAAAUAUGCUAGUGAAACACAUUUCUGGUUUGACAUUUUGUAAAUUUUUCAGUAAGUCUUGAUAUCUUUGUACCUAAGAGGCCCAUUAUACUGAGGUUGGUUCUGAAACAGCAGUUUGAGCUUGAUUAAAAACUACUAGCUAACUUUAGGUGGGUUACUGCCCAUGAAUCACGAACUACAGGAUUUUUUGCAACGAGUAUUCUCUGCAUGCCUUUGGGUAGAGUAUUAGGCUCUCAUGGAGCUUCGAUUUUUGUGUAGAAAUGCCACACAAUUUAGUAUGGCAUGUUAACUUUAGUUUUUUGAUUUGAAGUCAGUAGAGGUGAAUUUGUAUCAUAAUUAGUAGGCUUUUAUGUAGAUUUUAGAGCAUUGAUCUUGUUUUUUUUUUAAGCCUUUACAGAGCAGUAUGAAAUUUGUUGCUUUCCUGAAAGUUUUACUAGAAUUUAUGAUUUAAAAUUUUGUUGACUUAAAAGUUACAAUUGAUUUGUUGUUAACUUUUCUAAUGAUAAAAAGGAUUUGUUUAUAUUUGUUUCUCUUUUGAACUGGAAGAAGAAUUCUAAUAUCUAAUGAAACUGUAAUUGUUUUGGAAAUGUAGUGGUUAAAUCUUUGUAAUAUUUUUACGUUACCCUUUAAGUUGGUUGAUGUAUGCCGAAAGUAUAGGCUUAUGUUAUAUUAGAAUUAUAUACACUCCUAUGUAUAAGGCUGCCGUAUAUCAAUGCAUGUCCCAUUUAUGUCUCCUGUUACAGUAUUUCCAUGGAUGGAUUUUGCCUUUGUUUUAAUGCCACAAAUAUUCUAGAGAUAAUUUUUCACAGAAUGCUAUUGACUUCUGUAUCAGGAAAGGUAGAAGGGACACGUGUUCUCAGUAGACAGCCAGUGCCUUUAUGUGGAAUACACAUAUAAGCUUUUUAUUUGUAUUGAAACCAUAAUUUUGUCAGUUUUUGUACAAGUUCCUGAAAAAUCGCAACCUUUGAUCUGGUACAAAAACCUUGUUAAUUUGUAAUUGGAUAACGCCAAUGGUUAUCCGUGUCUUCCCUCUUGAUGAAAUUAAUACAUCUUUUAGUUCAA